UGCACAACACUGGGACAAUCCUGGCUGGACACUGCACCUAUGGGUGCCUGGUGAAACAACUUUUCAGCCUCUCUCCCUUGCCAAGUUCAUCCCUGGCUGUGCUGGGGGCCGAGCUGGGUCGCUGGUGCUCGUUUCCUCGCUGUAAGAAGCGUGACUUUUGGCAGUGGCUUCUGAUGAUGCCCAGACUCCGGCUGCAGGGAGGCAGAGGUUCCCCAUCACCAGCAUUGUACUAAGUGUCUCCAGGGGCCGGUUCUCCCAAGGAGCUGGGAGGUGGGCGGUGCGAUGGACCGGAACCUGGGGAAUGGCCGUGCUCCAGACGCAGCAGCAAGCUCAUCCUUGGGGCUCCUGAACAGGUCCCUGGGCAUGGCCAGCCAGCUUUGCUGGUGGGGGAGCAGAACUGGUGAGAGAGAGACCUGGAACUCCAGAAGGGCUCAGCACCCGCAGGGCUGGUCAUCUCAGGCUCUGCGAGGCCAGGCAAUGGCAGUGGAGUAUGUCACAUAUCAGGGCAUCAAAUUCCCCCCUGCGUAUAACUCUGAGCGGAGCCUGCACUUCGCCCACAAGGAGUUCCAGGUGCAGGACGAUGAUGUCUUCAACGUCACCUACCCCAAAUCAGGCACAGUGUGGAUGACCGAGAUCUUGAGCCUGAUCCGCAGCGGCGGGGACCCAGCCUGGAACCGAACCGUCCUCAACUCCACCCGCGUGCCCUGGUUCACUACCCGCCUGGGGCUGGAGUCUGCACUGAGCUACCCCCGACCUCGCCUGCUGACCUGCCACCUCCCCAUCCACCUCUUCCCCACAUCCUUCUUUGGCUCCAGGGCCAAGGUGAUCUACACACUCCGCAAUCCCAAGGACGUCCUGGUCUCCUAUUUCUAUUUCUCCAAGAUGUGCAGCUCAUACGAGGACCCCGAGUCCUUCGAGCAGUUCCUGGGGGACUUUCUUAGUGGGGACGUGCCCCACGGGUCCUGGUUUGAUCAUGUCAGAGGCUGGAUGGAAAUGAAGGGCAAAGAGAAUUUCUUCUUCAUCACUUAUGAGGAGCUGCAGCAGGACCUGAGGGGCAGCGUGCGACGACUUUGCCAGUUCCUGGAGCAGGAGCUGGAUGAUGGAGCUAUCAACUCGGUGGUGGAGAAUGCCUCCUUCAGGGCCAUGAAAGAGAACAAGAUGUGCAACUCGACGCUGCUCCCCAGGGACAUCAUGGAUCAGGACAAGGGCACGUUCCUGAGGAAGGGCAUCUGUGGGGACUGGAAGAACCAUUUCACGGUGGCACAGAGCGAGGCCUUCGACAGGAUCUACCAGGACCGGAUGAGGGGGCUGCCGGAGGCGUUCCCAUGGGAUGCACGCUAGGAGUGAACGGCAGGAAUAAAGCAGAGCAUGGAACCGCAGGGAGCUGGGCUGAGUUAGUAGGGACAAGUGUCUGCAGUGGUUCACACAGACCGUGGAAGGGCAUGGCUCCGGCCUAGCGGGAUGGACCAGUGCCAGGAGCAUUGCCUGGCAUGAGUGUCCUCUGCCAGCACUGCCUCCCACACUCCUUCAUCCCACCAGGCGCUCGAGUCAGCUUGGCCCUAGCCUCCUGGGGCCCGUUGCAUAUCCGAUUGCCCCCGUGAAGGUGUUCAGCUGUAGCCGCCAGCCAAUGCAGCUUGCUCUGUCCGUGUCUUCUGGAUUAAAGAUCCCUUGGCCCUGUGAUAGCCCCCUGAACCUUCUCCGCAACCGCUACAUAGACUGAGGCCCUUAUGCUCGGUCACGUUCUGGGGGUGAGGGGUUGUGUCACCACGGCCUGCCCUGUAACUCUGGGUGCCUUAAAUGCUCUGCUGCUGAGGCUCACAAUCUGGACACCCAUAGCCAGCAGAUAAAAUCAUAGAAUAUCAGGGCAAAUGGCCCCAUGGUGGCCAGGAACACGGAUUGCGACAGGGAGCUUGUCCCGUCUGUGCUCUCAGGACCUGCAUGCUGGCA